GUCCCAAUCUUCUCUCUGACAGAAAAAUUGAUUGAUUUUCCCACCUUCCAAUGAGGAGAGGAAAGCGAGAACCAUGAAAAGUUCAAAAUGCCCUUCCACUGUUCCAUAAUAACCUCUUUCGCUCACUCUCUUUUCUAUCUGGUCAUCAGCAGAGGCGUAUCAUGGAGAAACAAACCCUAGAUUCGUCGUCGACGGCAUCGGCAGUAGCGCCGGAAGAUGCCUGGGUUCACACCUACCAGAGAUUGCAGCCUCAAUGGCAAUCUUUCUCUCUUUCUCAGCAGUCUACAAUCCCAGUAUCAAUAUCCAGAGUUAAUCAGGUUGAUGCUGCAAGAUUGGACAUUGAAAUAUCUGCUAUGUUGAAAGAACAGUUGGUUAAGGUCUUCUCUUUGAUGAAGCCAGGAAUGUUAUUUCAAUAUGAACCUGAACUUGAUGCUUUUCUUGAGUUUCUCAUUUGGAGAUUCUCAAUUUGGGUGGAUAAGCCUACUCCUGGAAAUGGUCUCAUGAAUUUGAGAUAUAGAGAUGAACGGACAAUGGAAUUGAGAGGAAAAGUCAGAACAGGUUUGGAAGGACCUGGCCUUACUGUUGCUCAGAAGAUUUGGUAUUGUGUUGCCACUGUUGGUGGUCAGUAUAUUUGGGCCCGUUUACAGUCAUUCUCUGCCUUUCGUAGAUGGGGUGAUUCUGAGCAGAGGUCAGUGGCUCGCCGGGCAUGGAUUAUGAUUCAACGAAUAGAAGGAUUAUAUAAAGCUGCCUCAUUCAGCAACCUGCUCAUAUUCCUUUUUACAGGAAGGUAUAGAAACCUUAUUGAGAGAGCUUUACAAGCAAGACUUGUCUAUGGCUCCCCCAAUAUGAACAGAGCUGUUAGCUUUGAAUACAUGAAUCGCCAGUUAGUGUGGAAUGAAUUCUCGGAGAUGUUGUUGUUACUUCUUCCUCUUCUCAAUUCAUCAUCAAUUAGAAAUUUUCUUCGCCCAUUCUCUAAGAAUAAGUCUUCAAGUUCUGAAGGAGAUGAAACUGCUUGCCCCAUUUGCCAGGCUAGUCCAACCAUUCCAUUUCUCGCUCUACCUUGUGAGCACAGGUACUGUUACUACUGCCUUCGGACGCGCUGUGCUGCAGCUUCAUCAUUCCGGUGUAUCAGAUGCAGUGAGCCAGUUGUUGCCAUGCAGCGGCAUUUUGGUUCAGUCAGCAACGUAGUACCCAAACAAUGAUUAUUUCCAUACUGAAGAAGAUAUUAUCAGAAAGCAUAGUUACAGUGUUGUAUAAGAAAAUGUCAGGAAAAUGGCAUUACAAUUAAAUUGAGGAAUCAAGAUUCCUUGUAAAGUCAUUUGUUCCCCUCUAUUGAGUGGGGGAUCUUAGUUCA